GGAGCCUGGCAUUCAAACACAGCCUGCCUUCACUUCUGUCUGAUUUUUUUUUUGUUGUAAUGUUUCCUGUCUUGUUUUUCACCUCAUUUUCUGCAGCCGUCUCCUUCCAUUUCACGCCUUGUUGUCUUCGAACCUACUUGUACAUGCUGCAAUGUGGACAACUCACAACCUGACGUACGGAUUUGUCUCCCCGGCGGCGUCUUUUUUUUUCUCAUUUUGGUAGCGAUGGAUUGAUGUUUUUGGACUAAAAAAAGGCGUUUAAAUGCACGCGCCAUCGAGGAAAUCUUCCACUUUUCAGCAAGAAAAGGUGCACGGGCCCUUGUUGCCUUGUUGCGGCCUACAAGGUGCUGGCCAUGAAGGGUCCGAGUGCUGCAGAGAACCGCCGCCUUCUCGGCCUGCUGGAGGCGGCACUGGUGCGAGAGGCCCGUCUCUGGAAGGUCCCCGUCUCCAAAGGUGGAUGCAUUCAGGGUGCUGACAUCUUGUCGUCCGAACACCAAGACAUGAUCGUCUGGCUGAGGGACAUGAAUAGACGCUUCCAGUUCUGUCCAGAGACCUUCGCGCUGGGGGUGUGUGUCCUCAACAGGCUGCUGGCCACCGUCAAGGCCCAACCAAAAUAUCUCAAAUGCAUCGCUUUGACCUCCCUGGUGCUGGCAGCCAAAAUCAACGAGGAAGACGAGGUGGUGGGUUCAGUUAGCGAUCUGGUUGCCGCGAGCGGAUGCAACUUUUCAGCGGCGGAGAUUGUUCGCAUGGAGCGGAUCAUUCUGGACAAGCUGCAGUGGGACUUGUACACGGCCACGCCCAUCGACUUCAUUCACAUCGUAAGUCGGUGAAGUCGCUCAAGCGGGGGAUCGUUCUCUGCAGCCAAGAUGUUGCGUAACUUUUGACUUACCCGUCCAAACCUCAUCAAACCAAAACCGACUUUGCCAGAGUUUUUCUGCCUGACAAUCGCGUCAGACGUCGCGUGAUCAGAUUUACCUGGCCGGGAAAUGCGCUCAUCCGCUCGGUGUAAUCUCGCCGUGCAUCCUCGCGUAAAGAUCAGCGCCAGAGUGCUGAUCGUUCUUAAAGCCACAACCCAUAAAAAUGACCCUUUUUCCGUUUCCUGGAUUGGACUAAUGCCCCUUUUCCACUGCACGGUACCUACUCGCUUCUGCUGCUUUUCCAUUAGCAAAAGUGGGCACUGUCCAGUAGGCUGGUGUGAUAUAUACCAGUGAUUCUCAAACUGAUCUCGUGGUACGCCAAAUAAUCACUUAAAUAUUCAAACACAGUGUUACUGUUCAAACUGUGUGUAAUGUUAGAGGCCUGAAAAUAUUAAAUACACUUGUUAACUAAAACCUCUGCCUUGUUUUUGAUGAAUACCCAGGCCUACUACUUUACUGUAUCUUAAUGUUGAUCAUUAUGGUGGUACCUAAAGAGCCAAGUGUUUUCUGAAGUAAAAAAAGUUUCAACAACCACCGAUAUAAAUGGUAUCAAUUCGGCCGACAAUAGAGCUUUUGAUACUAUCGUUCUACUGUGACGAUGCAUGUUGAUGACACAUUCUGCUUGUCCCGCAAAUUUCACAAGUGAGCGAAGGCUACUAUAACUUCCCUCCUCAAUGUUUUAAAGUCACUAAUCUUCACCUCGGUGGCGGCGGACAAAAUGCGUUUCUUACAAGUAGUGAUGGGUAAAUGACAACUCAGUGAGUGUUUGGCACACUCACAAGCUGUAUUGACACUGCACUGAUAUUGUUAGUUUCAUAACAUUCAUCUGCUGGAUUGAAGAUAUUACAAAUACAAUUAAUAGGUAAAUUUUUUAGUGAAUAGCUGAGUAGAAAGGAAUAUGAAAGGAGUACAAUGAGCCAAAUGGUGAACAGAAAAAAUACUUACCUUAUUUGGCACUGUAAGAUCUAAAUAAUGCCACACUUUAGAUUUUCUUUUUCUUAGUUUCAAUUAGAUCAAUGAUGGAGACUAAAACCAACACUAAUCCUCCGACUUCAUUUAGCCGAAAGAAGCAGUUCUUGAUUACCACAGUGUGGUGCUUCACAGGCCAAAUGACACAGCAGUUGGAUCGGUCACAAGUUUGUUUGUUUUUUAAGUGACACACGCAUCGAGGCAUUAUCACUCGUGUUUCAUAAGGCGUUGAUGUUUCAGUAUCAUUUGACCCAUCAUCACUACUUACAUGUACUAAUAUCACUGGAGGACAAGGACUAGCUAAGCAUGCUACAAUACGCGCCGUAGAAGGAUACAUGAAGGCAUAGCUAACCGCUAAGUUAGAGCUCUUGAAUGUAAACAAAGGUGGGCGGUUCGAUACAAAUACGACAGUAAUGAUACCAAGUAUAGUGUCAGUAUAUUGUCGAUACUACAGUGAUUGGAUCGAUAUUUUUCAUUAUCACAAAAACUUGUCGUUGUUUACAAACUCAAUAGUAUUUUUUACUUUUCUUUAGUAAUUUUGCACUACUGGCUUUAUUAUAAAUUUUGUAUGUAAUAAAAUUAAAAUUCAAUCACUUAAUUUUCUUGAAAAUUUCAAGCAAUAAUAUUAGUAUGACUUAUAGUGCCCCUGUAACUACCAGUACUUAGUAUCGGAUCGAUACGCACAUUUGUAGUAUUGGCCAAAAGCAAAACAGAAGGUGGUUAAUAGAACAUAAAUUAAUCAGAUAUUAACAGUAAAUUAUGAACCAGUUUAAUACUAGUUUUGACAAAAUAAUAACUGGAAAUGAUGCAAUAUGUUACCUCAGACGUCGGCAGCUACAUUUGUAACCCGUUUUGAAAUGGUCCUAAUGUCAUUUAUACACCAAAUAACAUUUCAUGAUAUACAUUGUCAUCGCAGGAGGCUGCAAUAUAUAUCGCGAUACAGAUUUUAGGCCGUAUCGUCCAUCUCUACUGUGUGCCGCUACUACUGGAGCACAUUUGUCAUUGUAGCUUUUCAGGGUGCACAGCUAAAAAUGACUAAAGUAAACACGCAUGGCUAAUGUUAUCUACACCAUAAACUCCACUUUGCUGCCCUCAGUCUUCUCUCGGAUAACUCCGAGCUCAUUGGCGACCAUUGUUUUUUUAUUGUUUUGUUGGCAAAAGACGAGGCGUUCCUGUGCAGAGGAAAAGCAGCAUGGUAUUGUUGAGGCAUGUCACUAAUGUACCGCCCCCCAACACUUCAUUAUUACAAAGACUUUCAUAUAAAGAGACGCAAUAUAACAGUUAAAAAAAUAAUAAUGAUAAAAAAUAAAGACAUUUUCUUUUUUUCUUAUAUAUAAUAAAUAUCUUCAAAUAAAUACUUUGGACUGAAUGAUUCUUUUUUUCCCUCAAUUGUUUUUGUCACAGACACGUCACCAUGACAACAAUAAUACGCUUUAGCGUCCCAGCCAUCUUUUUUUAAAGGCAGAUUUCGUCCAAACAAAUAUUUUUUCCCGAACAAAGCACUAAAUUCCACGCAUGACGUGACCGUGGCUCGUUGUUGCUACAAACACAAACAAAGCAACUCCUUAAAGAUGUUUGAUGAAGGUGGUGUUUGUCUACCAAAAUAUCCAGAAUCUCGUGAUUUUUGUUACUUCUCGGGUGUGUAGUGAUGGUUCCUGCCGACAAAGGGGAGCACAGAAAAGCACUGCACGUACGAUACGAUACAAACAUGGUGCUGAUUUGUAGUCGGGCCUAAAGCUGUGAUGUUGACAAACCGGGGUCUGACAAAGACAACAAUGACAUCAUGCGCUAACAUUUCUGCUUCCUCCCGUCCUGUCCUAGUUCCACGCCUUGCUGGUCUGCAACCACCCUCACCUCCUUCCGUCCGCCGGCCUCGGCCGGGACCCCGCGCUGAGCCCCGGCCGUCAGAAGAGGCCUCCGGGCUUCCAGGCGGCGUUGUGGACCAGGCAGGUACAGCACUGU